UACUAAUAUUAGUUAAUUGGCAAUGGUACAACACAUUCUUUAUGGAUGGAUGGGUGCCAUCCCAACUGCUAUUUGGUGUAGAUAACAACCCUUGGUCUCACACUAUCUCUUUUUAUGCUUAUUUUUCUUAUAUUACUUUUACUUCAAGGGACAACCAAGUGAAGCCACCCUCCUAUCAAAUGCCUCCAAACCAUUCAGUUUGGCAGUACCAAUCAUAAUAAGCUCAACAGUUUCAACAUUUUGCUUAACAAAAAUGUGCUACCUUUAAAGCUCUCAACUUUAUAUUACAUUAAUUCCACUACCCUUCUCUUCAUUCUCUGCCCCCCAUCUGGUAAUUCAAUUCCAUCCUGAAGAUUCUGCUUCAGGUGGUCAAUUACAGAGGGUUUAAUCAAUAUGGGUUCACUAGAAAGAUCAAAGAAGAAGGUUCUUCUAUGGAAGAAGGCCAUGCUCCAUUUUUCCCUGUGUUUUGUGAUGGGCUUUUUCACUGGUUUAGCUCCAACAGGUAAAUCUUCUCUCUUUUCCUCCAAAGUUGCUGUUUCAAAUAGGACACAGUUUGCUCCACAACCUAGUGAUAUGUCACUCCUCACAACAAGUGUCAAUGAAAGUUUCAUAGCUCCACCUCCAAUCACCAUGUCCAUGAAGCCUGCAAUCCCUGAAACUGAAAAGAAAAAAACACCACCAAAGUUGAAGCCCAGAAGACUCAUCAUCAUUGUGACUCCAACAAGCACAAAACUACCCCACCAGGCAGUGUUUUUGAGAAGGUUGGCAAAUACCAUAAAGCUUGUUCCUCAACCAUUGCUGUGGAUUGUUGUGGAAGCAAAAACAAAUUCCACAGAGCUUCCUGAGAUACUGAGAAAAACUGGCAUCAUGUAUAGGCAUGUGGUUUUCAAGGAAAACUUCACUGAAUUAGAAGCUGAACUGAAUCACCAGAGAAAUCUUGCACUCAAGCACAUUGAGCACCACAGACUCAACGGCAUUGUGCACUUUGCUGGCCUUUCCAAUGUCUAUGAUCUCCAAUUCUUCCAUCAGCUUAGAGAUAUUGAGUUGUUUGGAACAUGGCCAACUGCAUUGCUAGCUGCACACAGGAAAAAAGUGAAAAUCGAAGGACCAGUUUGCGAUUCAUCACAAGUUAUUGGUUGGCAUCUGAGGAAUAUGAACAAUGAAACUGACACAAUCACUCCCCCAAUUCAUAUUUCAAGUUUUGCAUUUAACAGUUCCAUCCUAUGGGACCCUGAGCGAUGGGGUCGCACUUCCUCUGUUCAAGACACUUCUCAGAAUUCCAUCAAAUUCGUGAAGCAAGUAGUUCUAGAAGAUGAAGCUAAGUUAAAGGGAAUUCCACCACAAGACUGCUCCAAAAUCUUGCUCUGGCGUUUCAAUUUUCGAGCCCAAACCACCUCAAUUCACUAAUUUCUAUAGUUUAGUCCAAGCCAAAGGAAAAGAAAGACAUAAAAUAAUAAUUUCUAUAGUUUGAAGCAAUAUAGAAUUUAUUCAUUUUUUUUUCUCUCUCGUGGAAAGUUAUCCUAUGUUUAAUUGUUUAUAGUUUUUUUUUUUUAUUCUUCCUGUUUUCCAUUUUUUGUUAGCUUAUGUAUGUAAGUGAGAAAUAAAGUUAAAGCAUAUGUGAUAUUUUUCAAAACAAGAAAUCCUGAGUUUAUAGCCCUUUUAAAGAAAUUCGACUAUCAAAUUGUUGUAUUUGUGUUAUUUGAUUUCGGAAUAUAUUCUGAAAAAUCAAAUUUCGAGUAUUGUUGGAGGUAUGCAAGAAAAAUGUGGGUGCAAAAAGAUGAAUCCUCGAUUUCUUCAUCAAACAAAUACGUCCAAGUUGGGUUUGGGCC